AACAAUUUCUGGUUCGCCAGGUUUUCACUGAUAUUUGCAUUAAGGACUCGGGUGUGUGCACGACCUGUGUGGAGAUUUUCUCUUCUUGCUAAAGGAAAAUGGCUACAACUGAAAGCAAUACCAUUGCAACUGCUGAAAGCGAAACCAGUCCCCUGUACGAUUAUUACACUGACUAUGAAAAUGAAAUAUGCGACACAACAGUUGUCAAGCAUUUUGGAGCAAUCUUCACACCAGUUUUCUUCUCCAUUGUGGUGAUCCUCAGUCUGUUCGGCAACAUCCUGGUCAUUGUGAUUCUGGCCAAGUAUGAGAAUCUCAAAUCCUUGACCAACGCUUUCAUCCUGAACCUGGCUGUAUCAGAUCUCUUCUUCACCGCAGGUCUGCCCUUCUGGGCCUACUACCACAUGUCCGGAUGGACUCUAGGGGAGACUGCAUGCAAAGUAGUCAGCUUUGUCUUCUAUGUUGGUUUCUACAGCAGUGGUUUCCUCCUCAUCCUGAUGACCGCACAUCGUUAUGUAGCUGUCAUGAAUCCUCUGUCUGACAUUGUGUCAACCACAGGCUUUUACAGUGUCCUAGUAUCUAUGAUCAUUUGGAUAGCAAGUGCCUUGGGUGCCACUCCAGCUGUCAUCUUCACCACAGUGAAACAGAAUUACUGUGUACCUGAGAAUUCUUACUGGAGCUUAUGGGGAAUGUACCAGCAAAAUAUUCUCUUUAUAAUGAGUUCAUUGGUAUUUGUGUUUUGCUACUCUCAGAUCAUAUGCAGGUUGCUGCGUCCCACUGCUCAAAGAAGAAGGAACAAAACUUUAAAACUCAUUUUUACUCUCAUGGUUGUUUUCUUUGUGGGAUGGGCACCUUACAAUAUUGUAAUAUUUCUACAGUCAAUGUAUUACAUAGAGCAAAAACCUGUGAACUCAAAGGAAGUAUCUGCAGAUUGUGACUCGUUCGAAAAACUGCAAUAUGCUUUUUCCAUUAGCCGGAUUUUUGCCUUUUCACACUGCUGCCUCAACCCUGUGUUUUAUGUGUUUGUGGGGGUCAAAUUCAAAACCCACUUGAAGAAAAUGCUGAAGAGCUGGGGCCGCAACAAAGGCAGCAUUCGCAGUAGACAAAGCCGACUCACAAUCACAUCACUGACAAGUGGGGAAGAGUUUUCGAUGUAGCUGAUGUAGUUUGCAAUGUAGAUCUGAUGCUGAUAUUUGCAAUAACACAAAUAACUAAAACUCCAGGCUUAUAACAGGAUCUGUCUUGUGUUGUUCCUUAUGUCCAGAUAAGGGUAGGGGGAAAGCAAUUUAUUAUAAUUGUUUACUCAGUAUUUCCCUACAAAAGACACAACAGUCCACUAUGAAUGUGCAGCUGACAUUUCCCCUGAAAAUUAUGUGAUGCAAUCAAUGCAAUGUCAACAUUGACCAGACACGUAAAAGGAAUGUUUCCAGCACCUUGUUGAAUGUGUGCAACAAAAAAUUCAGGCUGUUUGGGGGGGGGGGGGGUAAAGUAAUGAGUAAAGUAAAUGAGAAGUAAAGUUUUCAUUUGUAUAAUGUACAUUAUUACACUCUCUUGUAGUUAUGUGUGGUUAUAUACUCGCUAAUCAAAAUGUGUUGAACAGUAAGCCUUGUAUCUCUGUGUUAAUAUACAUGUGACUGUAUGUGAUUCUCUUUGAUUAACUCCAUUUUAUACCUGUGUUCAGAUCAAUGAAUCACUUAAAUUUUCACUUUCAUUUUCAGGAGUCAUACAUGCUUCUUUGAGAUGUAUUUGUUUAAGUGUUGAAAUUUAUUUUUCACAUGACAAUAUUACCAUCAACAUUAUGUCAAUGCUUUACAAUGAAAUAAAAAUUUCUCAGUUUAAA